AUGGCAGGAAGCGACAGUGAAAAGAUGCCUGCGGGCACUGAUGAAGCCUAUCGUGUCCAGACAGAGCUCAGCACCAACGCCAUGGACGAAAAGGCCAUAUCUGGCGGUGACGGGAUUAGCAAGGGUGACCAUGACGCAUUGAACGCCGCGAUCCUGAACGAGUACUCUCCCAAGGAACAGCAGCGCAUCAUGCGGCACGUCGACCGCCGUCUCGUUGUGGUGAUUGGCUUCAUGUACUGCGUAUCGCUCAUGGACCGCACGAAUCUCGGCGCCGCCAACAUUGCAGGCAUGGAAACCGACUUGGGCCUCAAGAUUGGCACUCGGUACUCGAUCAUCACGCUCGUCUUCUUUAUUCCCUACAUCCUGCUGCAGCCGCCCUCGACGGUCAUUGUCCGCCGCAUCGGGCCCCGGAUCCACCUUUCCCUCAUCACGUUCCUGUGGGGCUGCGUCAUGAUCGGUAUGGGCUUUGCAAAGUCGUGGGGCGUCAUGGCCGGCCUGCGCGUCAUACUUGGCAUUCUCGAGGCGGGCUUCUUCCCCAGCUGCGUGUAUCUGCUCAGUACGUGGUACACCCGAUACGAGGUCGGUAAGCGGAACGCGCUGUUUUAUCUCCUGGGCUGUGUCGCGUCUGCGUUUGCAGGCGCCCUCGCUGCUGGCAUCAUGCAGAUGGCCGGCAUCUCGAACCUGAACGGCUGGCAGUGGAUCUUUAUCAUCCAGGGCCUGAUCACGGUCGCCAUUGCCAUUGUUGGUUUCUGGCUUCUGGUCGACUUCCCGGACUCGAAGCGGAAGACAUGGUCUUUCCUGGGCGAGCGCGAGCGCUCCUGGGUGAUGGCCCGUGUCCAUGCCGACCGUGGUGAUGUCACCCUGCCGCCGUUUAAUCUUAAAGAGUACCUCACGUGCGGCCUCGACUGGAAGCUCUGGGCCUACGGCAUGAUGUUCUUCAACACCACCACAGUGACUUACGCGCUUGCGUACUUCUUGCCCAUCAUCUUGGUCGGCAGCAUGGGCUUCUCCGUUGUCGAAGCCCAGUGCCUGGUUGCGCCGCCCUAUGUUUUUGCCGGCAUCGUAAUGAUCGCCUCGAGCUGGAUCGGCGACCGCUACCGCAUCCGUGGUCCGCUUGUCGCCUUCAAUGGCCUGCUGUGCCUGAUUGGCCUGCCCAUCGUCGGAUUCCAUCACAGUGCCGGCGUGCGCUACUUUGGCGUGUUUUUGCUGACGGCCGGCGCCAAUGCCAACGUGCCGACAGUCAUGUCGUACCAGGCCAACAACAUUCGCGGCCAGUGGAAGCGGGCGUUUGCGAGCGCGCUGUUUGUCGGCUUCGGCGGUGUUGGUGGCAUCUGCGGUAGUUUGGUCUUCCGCUCCCAGGAUAGCCCCAAAUACCGGCCCGGCAUUUACGCUUGCAUUGCGGUGUCGCUGUUGACUUUGAUUUUGGUGGCCAUAGUGAGCAUCAGCUCCUACCGCAAGAACAAAAGGGCCGACCGUGGUGAGAUUGAGCUGGAGGCCCACGAGCUUGUUCUGGCGCACGAGAUAGAAACGCAGGCCAACAAUGACUAUGACGAGAAGCGAGUAGCAUCCCAGGUGCGUGGCGAACGCAAUAAAGUACCGCGGGCCGUCCCAGCCCAGGAAGACCUGGGGUCCGAUGGCAUUGCCGGCCGACCAGAUGAUAAAGUUCAUGGCGACGGCGACGGACUUUUUGGUCUGGCCGGCGACGUUGCGCGAGAUCAUGGACAGGGCCAGCGUCUGGGCGGACCAGAAAGACAGCGUGAUGUAGUAGCAGAUCAGCAGACCAAUCUGCUGGGCACGGCUGUCGAGCGGCACGGUCAUGAGGCAGAUGGUGCCGAUAAACGACGGAAUCACAAAGCCGAGCAUGACGAGCAGCGUCUGGUUCGUCUUCUUGACCAGCCACACGGAAGCGAGCAGCACGAGGAUGAUGUAGAAGCCGAGCACCAUGGCGAGGAGCUGCGUCUGAAGAACGUUGAAGCCGAAGCCGGUGAUGAUGAUGCCCUGGAAGGCGCCGAGGCCGCUCGUGGGCAGCGUGGUGCAGAGCGCAAUCAGCGCAUAGCCCCAGCACUGCGGGUCAAGCAGGGCCUCCACAGCCUGGGCGCGCUUGAACGUGCGGUUCUGGAUGCCGGUCUGGUUCUCGCGCACACGCUCAAUCAUCAGGACCUUGUCCUCCUCGGAGAAACACUUGGCGCGCAUGGGACUGUCGGGCAUCCACCAGCCAACAAAGGCGCCAAAGAUGACAGAGAUGAUGCCGUACGCAAGGAAGAUCCAUUGCCACGAUUUGAGCGGACCGGUGGUGAUCAAGCUGAAGCAGUAGGCCAGAAGACCGCCCACGACCUGCUGCGCGCCGUUCAUCAUGUACCAGUAGGUGACGCGGGACGCCUGCUCCUCGCGGCGGUACCAGAUGCUGGACAGGAUGAUAAAGGCCGGCUGGCAUGCCGACUCAAAGAGGCCGAGCAUCGUGCGGACGACCACGAGACCGGUGAAGUUGUGGCAGGCGGCGGUAGCGGCGAGCACAAUGCCCCAAGCGAUGAUGCUAAAGCUCAGGUACUUGGCAAUGGGCACGCGCGCAAUGAUCCAGUUCUGUGGGUAUUCGACGAUGAGGAUGGUGAUGUAGAUGCAGGUUGUCAGCCAGCUAUAGUCCUGGCCGACGAGCUUCGUGUCGGUGCGGAUGCCCAUGAUAGAGGCGAAGGAGAGGGUGCCUUUGUCGAUGGUCUGCAGGAAAUAGGUGCAGAUCAUGAUGACAAGCACGCGGCGGUCUAUCUUGCGGCGCAGCUCGCGGUUCUUCUCCGGCGAGAUGUGCACACGCACGUCGGAAACGUACUGUGA